CUCCCCCUCCUCUGCAUCCUCGCCGCUCUCCCUCUCUCCUCGCCCGCUGGGUGCUGAAGUUGGGCGGAUGGCAGCAAACCGGCUCCGCUAGAGGACCGAGCCGCCCAGCCCCGCUCCCCCGGACCCAUCGGCGCGCUGCCCACACCUCCAGGCGACCGGCCAACUGGGUCCUGAAGUAGCUGAAAUGCGAAAAAGGCAGCAGUCCCAAAAUGAAGGAACACCUGCCGUGUCUCAAGCGCCUGGAAACCAGAGGCCCAACAACACCUGUUGCUUUUGUUGGUGCUGUUGUUGCAGCUGCUCCUGCCUCACUGUGAGGAAUGAAGAAAGAGGGGAAAAUGCGGGAAGACCCACACACACUACAAAAAUGGAGAGUAUCCAGGUCCUAGAGGAAUGCCAAAACCCCACUGCAGAGGAAGUCUUGUCCUGGUCUCAAAAUUUUGACAAGAUGAUGAAGGCCCCAGCAGGAAGAAACCUUUUCAGAGAGUUCCUCCGAACAGAAUACAGUGAAGAGAACCUACUUUUCUGGCUUGCUUGUGAAGACUUAAAGAAGGAGCAGAACAAAAAAGUAAUCGAAGAAAAGGCUAGGAUGAUAUAUGAAGAUUACAUUUCUAUACUAUCACCAAAAGAGGUCAGUCUUGAUUCUCGAGUUAGAGAGGUGAUCAAUAGAAAUCUGUUGGAUCCCAAUCCUCACAUGUAUGAAGAUGCCCAACUUCAGAUAUAUACUUUAAUGCACAGAGAUUCUUUUCCAAGGUUUUUGAACUCUCAAAUUUAUAAGUCAUUUGUUGAAAGUACUGCUGGCUCUUCUUCUGAAUCUUAAUGUUCAUUUAAAAACAAUCAUUUUGGAGGGCUGAGAUGGGAAAUAAAAGUAGUUAAAUAACAUCAGAAACUGAGUUCCUGGAGAACUACAGUUUAGCAUUCCUCAGGCUACUGUGAAAACACAACCAUUAUGGUCUUUGUCUCCAUUUUUAUCAAGGUUUUCCAUGGUUAAGUUUGGAGAAAAUACCACACAAAACAAUGAAUUGCCAAAUUGUUUGUUUUAUUCAAGACUCAUUCUACUUGCAAGCGAAGUGUAUUUGUAGUCCUAUGAACAGUCUCCUCGUGUAUCUCCAGAGACUGCAUGUGCAAAGUAAAAUGCUUCAUUUGCCACAUAGUUGUUGUAAUAUUUAAUCCAGUAGCAUAACUUAUAUCUGUAUUUAAGGACUUUUGUGCAAUAUGGUCUUAAGAAAUAAUUGCCAAAAAAAUCGGCCAUGGUUUGCAUUUUUUAACAUAAUCUAAGACAGAAAAAAAGCAAUUUUUACUAUGUAACAAUGGUAUUCAACAUUCUAUAUACUGUGUUUAGUACACUAAUUUUGAAGCCAAUAUUUCUGUACAUGAAAAAGAGCUAUUUAUCUCUGUUUGUUGGAAAAUCCUAAUGGGGAUUCCUCUGGUUGUUCACUGCCAAAACUGUGGCAUUUUCAUUACAGGAGAGUUUAGUAUGCUAAAAGCAAAAAACAAAAAACAAAAAAAAAAAAAGGAAGAAGAAAAAAAGCACAAAACAAUUUGAAGAUAUCCUAUCUCAAUGACAAAUCAAAGAGUGAUAUUGCUUUUAAUUGUAAUAGAAGAAAA